CAGAUAACAAGCAGCUCUCUUUCCUCCUUCGACUUUGCCAUUGUCAUCCAACAUCACAAACAUAACCAAAAUGUCUGCAGCAAGACUUGUCCUCAGAUCAGUUCGCGCCUCCCCGCGCAUUGUGCGUCCCUUUAGCUCGGCCACUGCCCGCUUCAGCGAUGCUCCUCGUCCCAAUGACACUGUCGACGCAUACCGCAAGGCUCAGACCGAGAAGCCUCUCAACCCUCAUUUGACCAACACCACCUCGACCAUCGCCAAUGAGAUGCCUAGCAUUGGCAAGGACAACGUCCCUCCGGAGAUGAUCACCAGCGUGGACCCCAGCUUCACAGCCAAGGAUUCUGUGCCUGAGAACACCGAGAGAAUGACCGGAGGUACCCAGUCCGGCACUCCCGAGUCUGGUGUCAACGCCGAUCUUGAAGUAGGUGAAAUGGAGGGAGGUUCUUUCCGCGUUGAGCCCUUGAGGAGGACAGGCGAGGACACCAACACCACCAGGGCUAGACUCUUAUACCAAAGCAGGAAAAGAGGAACACUAGAGAGCGAUCUCCUCAUGUCCACCUUUGCCGAUCGCUACCUCGAAACUAUGUCACCUAAGCAACUCCAACAAUACGAUCUUUUCCUCGAUGAGAAUGACUGGGAUAUUUACUACUGGGCUACCCAAGAGCCUACUCCUACUUCCCUGGAGUACGCCGAAGGAGGCGGUCCUGACCAAGCUACUCCUGUAGCUCAGGGCAAGCCUGCCAAAGACCAGCCUGUUCGCCCUGCUGGUACUGGUGAGUGGGCACAGACUGUUGGACUCUUCAAGCCUGCCUACCGCCCGGUUCCCCAGCGAUGGAAGAACUCUGAAGUCUUGGCUAUGUUGAGACAGCACGUCAAGGACCGCAGCGCCGGAGGAGUCCUCGAGGGCGACAAGUCUGGCGAAGCUACACCGGACAACAAGAGUGGUCAAGGCAUGGGCUUCAUGCCUGAGCUCAAGAACUUUGACAAGUAAAUCACUGUCUUUUUCGCAGUAAAUACCCCUGUAUAUACGUAACCUGCAGCCCAUAAAAUAUCACCCUUUUCAGC